AUUCCCAUUGGUCAGCCGUUCGAGCGAAGCUCCCUAUGAUUGGCUGGCCAUCCGUGCAGGAUGAUGGAGGGUUUUUCUGGGCUCUUUGCUCCUUCAGAGCCGCCGGCGGCUCUGUCGUCUGGUCCGGCAGUACCCGCGGUGGUGUCCGGUGGCGGCGGUGUGGGCUUCGGGGCAGGGAAGGCUCACUCUGUCUCCGGAGUCUCUAACUCCUCCGUGCCCGGGACCCCCCUGCCUCCGCCCCCGUCACUGUCUGCGGUGCCUGUUGGGGAAGAUGCGGCUCGGAGGUCGCCGGGGGGGCCCUUCUACCUGCUCAAGGAACUGCCAGGACUAUCUGACCUCACAGGCAGUGUCAAUCUUAUACUGCAUUAUAAUUUGGAACAUUCCUUUGGUAAAUUCUGUGGCAAAAAAGUCAAAGAAAAACUCAGUAACUUUCUCCCAGACCUCCCAGGGAUGAUUGAUACACCUGGCUCUCAGGAUAAUAGCAGCCUACGCUCUCUAAUCGAGAAGCCUCCAAUUUGUGGGAACUCCUUCACUCCUCUGACUGGAGCACUCUUAACUGGAUUCAGACUACACGCUGGCCCGCUUCCAGAACAAUGUCGUUUAAUGCACAUACAGCCUCCAAAGAAGAAGAACAAAAAACACAAACAGAGCAGAACUCAAGAGCCAGCUCCCCCAGAAACCCCUUCAGAUUCUGAUCACCGGAAAAAGAAGAAGAAACAGAGAGAAGAUGACCCAGAAAGACAGAGAAGGAAGAAAAAGGAGAAAAAGAAAAAGAAGAACCGUCACAGCCCUGAACACCCGGGAGCAGGAAGCUCACAGAGUGGAUUGCGUUAAGCCCUCACCCUUAUUUGUACAUAGGUCUUCUGUUACUUUUAUAGAGUUAGUUCUUUUUAAUAAAGCUCCCGCUUACCCUUCA